UUAUUAUAUAUAAUUGGAAUAUUGGAGCACAACGAGGGCUGCUACUUUAGCUACCAAAGACGGACCAAACGUAAAUUUACGUUCAUCAUACAACACGUGCUCACAGAGCUAUGCGCAUAUUUAAAAAUGGCGCUCUUUAGUCGUGUUAAUUCGAAUGUUUUCUCAUUGUUAAGUCAUUGUUAUUACAAAAAGUAUACAAUGGGCACAGGUAGAUUAAGAUUACGUGGUCGUACAUCGAUGUUGUUAAACGUGCAAUACAAGAGCAGUACGAGGAGCAAUUUUACAGGUGUGCAAACGACACUUGAGACUGAAAUCAUCCAGAGAAGAGAUCAGGCACGUCGCAGCUUAUUGAUACAAGUAUAUUCACCCAAGUCACAUAAUGAUCUCUAUAACUAUUGUUCACGUUUUGGUGACAUUUUAAGUAUGCAUCACUAUCAAGUAAAUAGGAAUCACUAUCAAGAAAAUUAUAUUUUAGUUGAAUUUAAAGAUGUUGUAUCGGUAGAUGAAAUUAUGUCGUAUGCUUCAUUCGUAAGAUCAGAUUAUAUUGCUCCUGUGAAAUCAUCAGUAUUAUGGUUCCGUAAAGGACAAGUUGCUAUCUCACAAAAAUAUCAGACAAAGGUAGCUUUGACUGUAGAGCAUGGUUAUAUAUAUGUUAACGACAAGAAAAUCUUAAAUGUAUUAUCUAAUGCAAAAUCGAUAUCUGGGCAAAUAAUAAUUCUUUAUGAGACGUUGAGAUUAACUGAUUUAGAAAUAAGGCUAAGAUUUCAUACCGCUCAGCACUUGGAGCAAUACUUCUCUGGGCUAUUUCAUAAUAUGAGAGUCCUACCAUUUGGUUCCUCUAUUAACGGUUUUGGAAGAAGAAAGUGUGACCUUGAUUUAGUUCUUGUUCCCAAUUACAGUCAGGAAGGUAACUCUAGGUUGGUAUUUCACUCAAAGCCUAUAAGGCAUAAUGAUAGGACUGAAACGAAAGAAUUUCUAGGAGUACUUGCGAAUGCUAUGUACCAAUUUAUCCCCGGGAUUUCUAAUGUAAGAAGGAUUCUAGAGGCUCGAGUACCGAUAAUUAAAUUCCAUUAUGACUAUACUCAAAUUGAAUGUGAUUUAAGUGCGACAAAUAUGACUGCCGUAUAUAUGUCCGAAUUAUUAAAUUUGUAUGGAGAAAUGGAUUGGCGGGUGAGGCCGCUUGUUACAGCGAUACGGGUAUGGGCGAAGCGUCAGGAGAUAACAACUGAUGUGCCAGGACAGUGGAUAACAAACUUCCCUCUUACGUUAUUGGUAUUGUUUUACUUACAACAGAAAGAGAUAUUGCCAUCUUUGAAAAUAUUAAAAUUGCAUGCAGCACGCGGCGAUGUUCGUUGCACAGAGAAUGGUAUUGAUUGCACCUUUCUGCGGGAUAUUAACAAAUUGCCGGCCGAUUUCAAGUAUAAAUUGAAUCAAGACAGUCUAGAGACACUUCUGCAUGAUUUCUUCGAAUAUUAUUCAACGUUCAAUUUUGACAUAUACGGUAUAUGUAUUCGCGAAGGUAGGCAGAUACAAAAACCGUCGCACACGGCGCUCCAUAUUACUAAUCCUCUAGAAACAACGUUGAAUGUUGGUAAAAAUGUGAGCUUCUACGAAUUGAAUCGCAUAAUUUCGAAAGCACAAGAUGCGGUCCACACUCUAGAAACUGCCGACAAAACCAACGAGGAUAACUGGGGUAUCAUGACAUUAUUGAAAAUAAAUAAUGUUAACACGAAAAAUCUAAAGAAAUUGAACAAUACGAAAGAAUCAGAAACUAUCAAAAAUUAUUUGGAAAAUCGUUCUUAUGAAAUUUCUGAUAAAUUUGAUGUUAGCGAAGAAAAUACUAAUGAGCCAAAAGCCAAAAAGGAAGAAAUAGUAUGAUAUUGAAAUGCACAGGGACAAAAUAUAUUCAUCUUUGCAGAAUAUAUUUCAUCUCUGUGGAAACAUAUAUGCCACAUGAAUGUUCCCGCAUGAGAUAUUUUUUUUUGUACACUAGUGAUUGGGAUUAUUAUUUAUAGUGGGAGAACAAAAUAGAGAUGUUUUACUUGACAAGUAAAAGAAAAAAAUGACAGAAAGAACUUUUAUCGUGGCCGAUUAUGUACUGUAUUAUAUAUGAAGAUAGAAAAGAAAUGUACAUAAAAUCAACAUUGAUUGUGUAUAUUAAUCUUAAAUAAAAAAAAUCACAAACUAUUAUCAGAUUAAUUAAUUGAAAACUGUUGCCAUUGUAUUAAUACUGAAGAAUUUUGUAAAUAAAUACUUUUUCGUAUUUCAUCUCUCAAAA